UAAUAAAAUCUUUCAUAAUAUUUGUGUGAAGAAACAAACCAUUUUCGUAAAGAAUUAAUGUUGAAACUACAUAGCAGAGAGCAUUAAUGGAUUAAAGGAUUAAAAUGCAAAAACAGUUGUGCUGUCCAUAGAAGAGAAUCAUCGUAACUUUUUUUUCUAUUUGGAGUCAACUCAUCAUCAUGAAAAAGAUUUAAUUUGCUUUUAUCAAAUCAUUGACAUCAAGUCACCGCCCACACCACAACAGUUUUGCAACUCGAGAUUUAUCAUCGAGUAUCAUAUGUUGUAUCGCUUAUUACAACUUAUCGAAUUUCAAUCGACAAAUGGCAUCUCAAAAGUGGAACAUGUCAUACACCAAAUUGUUGAUAAAAAUGAAAGUGUUGAUUCUAAUUGCAAUUUUAAUUGCACAAAGUCAUGCUAAUCAAAUAUGGGAUCACUCAGUGUAUUUAAAUGAAAACUAUUUACUUCAAUGGACAGUCAAAGAGCCAGACAUUUUAUUUGAAGUGCAAGUGAGAUCACAUGGUUAUGUGGGCUUUGGAUUCUCACGUGAUGGAACGACAAUCUACGGUGCUGAUGUUUUCAUCGGAUGGAUCGAUGAAGGACACAUUUUUUUCUACGAUUGCCAUAUCAAAACACACAGCUCAACUGGUGAACCAGUCGUUGACACAUCACAAGAUUAUGUGCUGUUGUCCGGAAGUGAAAAUGCAACGCACACAAUUCUUCGCUUUCGUCGGAAGCUCAAUACGUGCGAUGAGAAGUCUGAUGUUCCUAUCACGAAUGACACAAUGAAUGUCAUUUAUUUGUAUCAUACGGAGAAACCAAAGAGAGGUCAAAUCAGAAAGGACAGUUUACCUGAUCCCAUGAUGGCAAUUCACCCAGUUAAAUCACUUUUAUUGCUUCAGAGAAGCUCCCAAAAGAAGCCCAAGGCCGAUGGCAUAGAAACACUUGAGAUUCGUAAUGAGAAAGUUAAACUUUCGGUAUCUGAGUCAACGUCCCUUGAUUUACUUAAAUGGUGUCAUGCACAUAAACUGAAAGACGAGAAACGGAAUCAAAUAAUUCGCAAUGAGCCGUUAUUCUCAUCAGAAGAAUCGAAAAAAUAUAUAAAAUUAAUGAGAAUUUAUGAAUGCAAGACGCCGUUUGAUAGUUUACAAUCUCACGAUGACGAAGAAUGCAGUGAACGUUUAAAAGCAAGUCGUAAAUGCUUCACAGUUCUUGCGACGUGGACGAUAGGCUCGGAAGGUUUUUCGUAUCCAAAAGAUGUCGGUUAUUCAAUAUCAGAAUCGAGCGAUCAUUUAUUACUUGAAGUCCACUAUCAAUUUAAUGAGAAAGUUCAAUUUGAAGACAGUUCAGGCUUUCGAAUAUUUCACACACCAAAUCGACGGAAAUUUGAUGCUGGAACACUUACGAUUGCAAUUCGACCCAACUUUCUUCAUAUUGUUGCACCAGGAUUCAAACGAGUCAUAUCAGUUGCACAUUGCACUUCAGAUUGCACUCAAAAAGCACUUUCGUCUGAAGGCCUCAACAUUUUCGGCGUCAAUAUGCAAACACAUAGUUUGGGUCGGAUUAUAAAAGUUGGAAUUGUUCGAAAAGGCGAAGAAAUUGAACCGAUUGCUCAAGAAACAAAUUUAAAUUUCGAUUACUUAGAGAAUCGAGUUUUUGACAGAGUCAAGAAGGUUCUUCCUGGCGAUCAUAUUACAGUUGAAUGUACUUACAACACAUUCAAACGAGAACAAUUUACGCUCGGUGGUGAAUCGUUGGAUGAAGAGGUUUGCAUGGCGACGUUGAUGUACUAUCCCAGGCAAGAACAAUUGGUGUCAUGUUACUCGCAAUCGAAUAUUGCGAAUCUUUUAAAAGCAUUGGGAAUUGAGAAUCUUGGGAAAUCUGGAGAUCAAAUGAUUAUAAAAAGUCCACAAAAAUACGCCGGACGAACAUUGGAAGAGCAUUUAAGGCUUUACGAUUGGAAAAAUGAAUUUUAUACUUUCGAACGAACCAUCAAAACGUCUUCGUUUGAUGGCUUAUGCAAUAGCGCUUUUGUAUCAAGCAAGAUAACAGGAAUGCCACCGAACAUCACAAAACCUUACCGUCCACCUGACAUUACCUGCCCAUCAAGAGAUGUGCCGAUGAAUCCAUCUUACAAACUCAUUCGAUCUGAUAAUGAUGAGAGUAUUGGGGAUAAUCUGAUUGAAGAUGGCGAGAAGGGAAAAGCAAUAAGAAGCAAUCCGUCGACAUUCUCACUCGAGCUCAGUAGCAAUUCCCAAAGAAGCACUUUAUCGUUCAUAUCAUGCCUUAUUUUAUGUUUCGUGCAUUUUCUGAAUUGAGAAGUGUUGUUGUGAAAGCUCGUUAUACUUAAUCAAGAGAUUUUUGAUUGAUUUCGCAUGUAUGGAAACCGUAAUGUGUUGAAAGGAGAUUGUACGUAAGUAAAGUAAUUUUGUUGUAAAGAAACUUCAUAAUUGAUUCAUGGAAAGAUAUUUUUCAACGUUACUUACGUACAACUCCCUUUAAUUAUUAUACUUUAUAUCGAAUGAAGACUGAAGACGAAAGGUGAUGCGUUGUUAAACUCAUUAUUGUCGAGAAAGAUGAACGGUUAUUUAUACAAACACGCAAAGCAUCAUCAUGUGCGUCCAUCGACAUGAAUUUUCUCGUUUCAUUUAUUUCCAAUAUUUUUCCUUUGCACACUGAGAUGAAGAAAUAUUUGUCGCAAUAAAGUAUUUUGUAAAAAUUUAAAAUAGAAUUAAAUUUAAUUGUCAUUACAAAAUUGUGUAAUAUUUUAUUGAAGCAAAUAAUUUUUAAUCUCAGUGUGGGAUUUUUUUUUAUAUUUCGAGAAUAAAUCAUGAUAUAAAAAAGAAAGAAAACUAUGGUCGAAUAUAAACUAGUCGAAAGUAAGAAACAUUUGAUAUUUUAAGUAUCGAGAAUAAAUAUGAUGAAGAGAUAUGAAAGUAAAAUUUCACAACUUACAAUGCUCUUGUAGCUUUUCUGUUCUUUUUCAUGAGAGCAUCCACCAGACAAUCCUAGAAAGAAGAAACCCUUAAGGCAUUUUUGUUUUGGUCGAAAAUAAAUUGUAGUAAAAAAUGAAGAAAAUGGAAGAAAAAAUCUAAUGAUGAACCAUAGAAGUGUUUCGAUGUGUAGAAAUGAAAAAAAAAAUGUAGAAAAGAUAAAAAAGAACAUAAUCCAAAAUCGUAGAUUUACUUUUAAAAAAGAAAGAAAAAAAAAUGUAGAAAAUGAUAUUAGAAUAUUUUCCCUUCUUCGAAGCUCCCAUCCCGAUGUCGUUAGGAAACUUGAACAAUCUUCUUACCGAAGAUUUGUUGACUUAACUUUCGUUCUUAUAUGAUUUUCAUUUUCUUUACAAAAUGCUGCCGGGAGUGAAUAUAAAGUGAAAAAUUGACAACACAGGAUUUGAUAUAUUUAAUGUAAAUGAUCUUUGUUAUAUGAUUUCAUCAUGAGAGAAGUAAAAGGACCGAAUUGAAGGCUAUUCAAUGCUUUUAUCGAAGUGGAAAUGAAAAUUGCUUCUGACCAUGGAUCUUUUACGCUUUUAUUAUUGUUGAUGGAACGACUUUUCACCAUAAAAUUGUUGCUAUGUUGCGUCACAAUAAACUUUCAUUAUUAUUUGAAUGUUUAUGUUGAAAUAGUCUUAUGAAGAAACAAAAGGAAAUUACAUCACAGCUAAUUUUUCCGCCCACCAAACAUUUUCAUGUUUCUCUAGAACAAAAAAAAAUAAUUAAAAAGAAGAAAAAAUGACGUAAAUAAUGAACACUUCCCCGCUAUUGUACUAUUUAAAAUCGAUAAAAAAUCUUGAUACUAAACCUGUAAGAAAUAUAACUGUGAUAUAGAAAUUAAAAAUCUCAAUAAACGUCAAGCAAUAAAAGUUGUAG